GGUACCUCAUGACGUCAGCAGCUCCUUCCAUGAGUCAAAACAUGGCGGCUGCCAUGGAGCUGAGAUGCUGGGGAGGAGACUGGGGUCUGCCUUCAGUCCACACCGAGUCUCUCAUAGUUCUGGCAUAUGCCAAGUUUUCUGGGGCAAAAGUCACAGUUUCUCCUAUAGACUGGACAUGGAAAACUCUAACAGCGACAGUCCCAGAGUUGCUUUGUGGAGACUCUGCAGUUCAAGGACCUACACAGAUUCUCAACUUCCUGAGGAAACAGAGGUUUAAUGCAGACUAUGAGCUGACAGCCAGACAAGGAGCAGACACCAUGGCAUACAUCGCUCUGCUUGAAGAGAAACUACGACCAGCUCUGUUGCACACUUUCUGGGUGGAUGCAGAAAACUACGCCAAUUUGACACGACCGUGGUUUGCUUCACGCUCGCCGUUCCCUCUUAACUUUCUUGUCCCUAGUUGCCAUGCCAACACCGCCCUCUCCCGCAUCCUUCUAACCAAAGGAGAGGCACCGCUACACAGAAUCACUGAGGUGGAGGGAAAGAUCUACAGUGAUGCUAAAGAGGGUCUGAAUCUCCUCUCCUACAGACUGGGAACAGCAAACUACUUCUUUGGCAACUCGCCAACCAGUCUGGACGCCUUUGUGUUUGGUUUUGUGGCUCCACUUUACAAAGCCAGUCUCCCCAGCAGCCCUCUGCAGAGCCACCUUAGACAGCUGGAUAACCUCACACGUUUCUGUGACGACAUCCUCGCAGUCUACUUCAGCUUGGACCACCCUUGUCCUCCUCCACCUGUUCAGGAAACAAUGGAUGCCAACCUCCAGAAACUAACUCAGCUUGUAAAUAAAGAGUCCAACUUGAUAGAGAAGGUGCUUCUGCUUUCCUUUUAUCUUCUUUGCAUGGGUUCAUGGUUGCAUUUGGCAGAUGGAUGACAACCUUCGCAGCAGCCCUCAGCACAAACCCCACAGACCAGACCCCAAACCCAGUCUGGCCAGUGAGAAGAGCUCUACCCCUGCCUAACUCCUGACCUGUCAAACAUAAUCCAGCCUUAUAAAUGGAGGAGGAACAGCCUGUAGAUGAAAGGUGCAAUUCUGAAUCUGACUCAACAUCCUGAAAUCAAAAAAUUGUCAUCCAGCUGAACUAUGACUUGAAUGGCAAAUAACCUAAUAAUUAAUGGACAUAUGACUAAAUAAUUAUAAAACAGACUAUUUUACAGCAAUAUAAUUAUGAUAGAUUUCAAAGAUGUUAGUCUGAAGGAGAAGGGAAAAUGCAUGUGUGAGGUUUUUUAAAAAGGUUGAGUGCAUUUACGUGGUUAAGGAUGGAAUGCUAUGAAGUGGUGCUUGAUGAGAAAGACACAGAAAGUUAAAAGGAAAGCCAAAAUGAAAUGAAAAGGCAGGGAAAAGGAGUGGCAUUGUUUGACCUCUGAGUGGGCCAAUACAGGACACCAAAGGAAACGGACAUGUCCUCACCUGCCUCAUGAGGAUAUUGAAAUUACUGAGUUAAAGGUACAUUGGUCACUAAAGUAGAACAGUGUUGGGCUAGAGCACCAUAUGGUAAGAUUCGUUUAGUUAUCCCAUGUUACUCCAGUUUAUAAAUCCAUGUUUUAUCAUGGAGGAUCUCAGAUCCUUUAGCACCCCUCUGAGCACACAUCCUUACUCAUAUCUACUGAAAACAUCUAAUAACCUUUAGUACAAUGUACAGUAUGUAUGCAGUCAUGACUAUAGGCAUAAGUAAUUACUUAUUUUGCUUUGCUCUCACUCACUCUGCUUUGUAUAGCUUGUAUAGUUGUAAAAAGUUUCAUGAUUAACAUCAAUGCAAUUUACUUGUCAUUUCCUCUAAUAGGGCUGAUCAGCUUAUUCACAAUCUUUGCUAGAUACACUGAGGUAAUGGUAGGGCCUUACACACUGUAUUAACUUAUUCAUGCAAAAUGUGUGUGUGUGUGAGAGAGAGAGAGAGUUUUCCCAAGGACUAUCAUAAACCAAUGUGUCUUUCAUUACUGUUUUUGUUGUGCGAGAUAUUCUGUAUCAUUAUUAACAAUCCACUCACUUCUGUUGUUGCCAUGGUUUUCCACAGCCAUUUUUGUACAGCAUUUAUUUUGUUUAGAUUUUUCUGCUUUGGUAACAAUUUGCUGUGCCUAUUUAACGGUCACCUUGUUAAAACUGAAGUGUCUGUCAUAUUUGGGAAUGUCUUAUUAGCUGCCUGUUUUUUUGCUUUAUUUUUUCUGUCUGAAUUUCUAAAAAUGAAAUUGGACUGUGAACUUGUUUUUACUGCCAUGUUCCCUAAUAUCUUCACAGUUCAUAAAUAACGGAAAUGUGUCUACUCCAUAUGAUUUCUCUGUGUCUCAGUCUAGAUACUUGGGCUCUUGCAACUUCCAAAAAAUAAUUUCAUGGUUACAUUCCCUUUAAAGCAACAUAUACUGAAACAAAAGCGUGCGUCUGUGCGUGUGUGUGUGUGUUUUGCUAGUUACAAAAAGUUGUUAGACAGCUUUUGAGGACCAUAUGGGUACAGUGUGCCUUCAUGACUGCUGGUGUCUUUGUACAAUUGUCAAAAUGUUCAGUGUCCUUCAUAAUUUUAAUACAUAGUCAUAAAUUAUCAUUGUCUUUUCUGUUACUGUUCAUUCUCUGUAGAUGGUUGGUAACAACUGUCUUCAUAUUAUUGAAAUACAAAUACGAUAAUCUA